AGUUUUCUAAUGAAUUGAAGUGACUUUUCUUUCGGUUUCGUUCCGUAACCACGAAGACGAAACCACGCUUGCAGUAACACAACUGAUCAAAUAAUCGUUUUGAAAUUAUUCCUCCUCAAAACUGUCUUGCUUUAUUGAUUCUUCAUAGUUACAAUUUAUUGUGAACUGGGAAUCUUAUCUCUAAAUAUGGUGCUUGACAUUGAAAGUUUUCGUGCUGACAAAGGUGGAAAUCCAGAUAAAGUGAGAGAAAAUCAAGUCAAAAGAUUCAAAGAUCCUACUCUUGUGGAUAAAGUUGUCGAAGCUGAUGACAGAUGGAGAAAGCUUCGACAUCAGUUGGACAAUUGGAAUAAAUUAAAAAAUGUCUGCAGCAAGGAAAUCGGCAAGAAAAUGAAAGCGAAGGAGCCAGUUGGUGAUAGUGAUAGCCUUCCUGAAAAUAUUACAUCAGAUUUGAGUGCUGUUGCUUCUGAUGCUCUUCAAGCUCUUACAGUAACACAAAUCAAGAAAGUUAGUUCUUUGAUGGACGAAGAAAUCAUCAAAUGUAAUCAGGAACUCGUUAAAUUUGAGCUGUUGCGCACUGAUUGUUUGAAAGAGAUUGCAAAUUGGUUGCACGAAUCUGUGCCUGUUAGUAAUGAUGAAGAGCAAAAUGUUGUUGUAAGAACUUGGGGUGAUGUGACCGCAAAGAAAAAAUAUUCCCAUGUUGAUUUAAUUACAAUGAUUGAUGGAGUUGAUAGCGAUAGGGGAUCUGUUACUGCAGGUGGUAGAGGCUAUUAUUUAAUGAAUGCUGCUGUUUUUCUGGAGCAUGCACUUAUACAGCUAGCUCUCCGCAUGCUGCAUGAAAAAAAGUACAAGCCAUUGUACACGCCUUUUUUUGUACGUAAAGAAAUCAUGCAAGAAGUGGCUCAGUUAAGCCAAUUUGAUGACGAACUGUACAAAGUAAUUUGCAAAAGCAGCGAAAAAGGAGAUGCAGUUGAUGAAAAAUAUCUGAUUGCAACUUCAGAACAGCCUAUAGCUGCAUUCCAUCGUGAUGAGUGGAUUCCUAUUGAAAACUUACCAAUUCGUUAUGCUGGCAUAUCCACUUGUUUUCGUCAAGAAGUCGGCUCACAUGGACGAGAUACCAGAGGUAUCUUUCGAGUUCACCAGUUUGAGAAAGUGGAACAGUUUUGCAUAACUUCUCCACAUGAUAAUAAGUCGUGGGAGAUGUUUGAUGAAAUGCUUGCGAAUGCGGAAGAAUUUUGUCAAGUGCUGGAAAUACCAUAUAGAGUGGUAAAUAUCGUGUCUGGUGAAUUAAAUAAUGCAGCUUCAAAGAAACAUGAUGUUGAAGCUUGGUUUCCCGGUUCAGGUGCCUUUAGAGAGCUUGUGUCUUGUUCUAAUUGUUUGGAUUAUCAAUCCAGGCGAUUGCAAGUUCGCUAUGGUCAAACUAAAAAGAUGAAUGCUCAGGUAGACUAUGUUCAUAUGCUUAAUGCGACUAUGUGUGCUACAACUAGAGUCAUUUGCGUAAUUCUUGAGAAUAAUCAAACAGAAACUGGUGUUAUUGUUCCAAAAGCUUUGAGACCAUUUAUGCCUCCUAGUAUGCAAGAUGAGAUUCCAUUUGUCAAAACAGCACCUAUUGAUGAAGCAGAAACUAAAAAACAGAAAAAACACAAAGAAGGAAUGAAAAUUAAAACUCAAGGAAGUUAAACUUUCUUCAAAAAAUAAGCUUUGCUUAAUUUAAAGUUAAUGCAGUUGCUUCUUUCUAGAUUUUUUUCGAAUUAUCUAACUAUUUAUAAAUGACAUAUGAGCAACAUAAUGAUAUAAGCCAUGUUUCAAUCUUCAAUAAAUUAUUAUAUCAGUUAA